AUGCCCCAGAGGGCAUCUGCCCGUGCAAUUCCAGAACUGCGGGGUUUACCAUACAAAAAGCUGCUUGAAAAGCUAGAUCUCUUUACUCUGUCCCAUCGGAAAUUAAGAGGUAAUCUGAUUUUGAUGUACAGAAUACAAAGAAAUGCUUUUGGAUAUGAUAUAUCUUCUCUUUAUCUCCUCACUAGAUCGGGACAUUUCAAAGGACAUAGCAGGUUUCUGGAGUCCUUCCUUCGUAUUAAUUGCUUAAAAAUGGGGCUCAGCAGCUCUCAGUUAGAGAAAGAGAUUGCCAGUGAUCAACUUCUCAGUGGAGAACGAUAUUUUGGGCUGGUGAACUUCGGAAAUACGUGCUACUGCAAUUCAGUCAUACAGGCCUUGUUCUUCUGUAAGCCAUUUCGAGAUAAGGUCUUACAAUACAAUGAUCGAGCGAAAAAUCCCAAAAAGGAAACUCUACUGACAUGUCUUUCGGAUCUCUUUUAUUCAGUCGUAUCUCAGCAAAGAAGAGUGGGUCAGAUGCGCCCUAAAAAAUUCAUACAAAAGUUGAAGCGGGAGAAUGGAUUAUUUGAUAACUAUUUGCAACAGGAUGCUCAUGAGUUUCUUAAUUAUCUUCUCAACAAAAUAGCUGACAUAAUAAGAGCCGAACAACAACCAACCGGAGUAGAAGAUGCUGAAGAUCCUAGUGAUUGUGAAAUGACCGAUGUUUCAGAAAGUAAUCGAAAGCAUAGUGGCCGUAAUUGGAUUCAUGAGAUCUUCCAAGGAAGCUUGACCAAUGAAACUAGGUGCCUUAACUGUGAUAAUGUUCGCACGAAAGAGGAAAAUUUCCUCGAUCUAUCAGUUGAUGUCGGAGAAAAUGUUGAUAUAUCUUAUUGUCUCCGUUGCUUUUCCGAUACUGAAACAAUGCGUUCAGACAAUAAGUAUUACUGUGAAUUUUGUCGUUGCAAGCAAGAAGCUCAGAGACGGAUGCGCAUUAAAAAGCCACCUUUACUUCUGGCCCUGCAUUUGAAGCGAUUCAAGUAUUCAGAAAAUCUCAAUCGGUUUAUCAAGUUGUCCUACAGAGUCGCCUUCCCUAUGGAAUUAAGACUAUUCAAUACGUCUAGUGACUCAUCUAAUGAUGAUCGUCUAUAUAAUCUUAUGGCUGUUGUCGUUCACUCAGGCUCUGGACCAAAUCGUGGACAUUAUGUAACACUUGUGAAGUCUCAUGGAUUAUGGUUUUUGUUUGAUGACGAACUAGUUGAAAAAAUCCAUCGCACCAAUAUUGAAGACUUUUUUGGUUCGUCUACGGAGACCUCGAAAUCUUCUUAUACAGCUUACAUUCUUUUCUAUUUAGACGCUAAAGUUGCUUCAGGUACAUCAACAGCUACUGAUUAUACUUCUACAAUAGUUAAUAAUAAUACCAUAGGCGUUGGUGGCAGUAAUGGUAGCCCUACCAGUUCAAUGUCAUCUGGAUGUAUCACCUAACUAGAUUCUAUUAUAUUUUCUUUUAUUUCUGUCUUUUACUCUACCAUCAAAUUUUUUUGUAGUUUUUCACUUAGUAUUUUGCAUUUCCAGCUUUAUGCUCAAUUAAAUUUGAAAUUUUGAUUCUCUCUGUGUUUGUGAGCCUUUCAUAUAUGUAUGUAAAUUAAAUGUGGAAUCAGAUAUUUCGUAAAUUUAUUUUUGAGUGUAUAUAUAUGUUCGUGUACUUAGGAACAAAUGUGAAUAAAGUGCUAUUCCAAAGGAAUCAUUGUGUCUUUCAUGAACCUUUCUUGUAGGAAAUUUUACGUGUUUAUUUUGUGUUUAUCUGUUUUUAUUCACACGUUGUGUGGACAAUAAAUAUUCCAGGUUAUUAUAUUAAGUAGUUUCCAUUAAGUUGCAUCAUAGUUUUCAUUACUAUUACACAACUUUCUAAUUUUAUGCUUGUAGAGUGUUACUGUUGGUAAAGUUAAAUAGAGACCGAAAGAGUUGGUAACCCUGUAAUCAAUAUACUCGUUGUUUAAAACAGUAUAGGGUAGAAGGAUUGGUUGUAUCACCUUAUUUUGUCUAACUUGUUCCUUUAUAAAGGUUUCAAAUUAAGGAUUACAUUCAUGUAUAAUACUAGUCAUUGUUCUCAUGCAAUACAUGUGGUGGUGCCCGAACAUUUUUCCCAACUUGGCACCAAUGUAUUCCUAGUCUGAACAAAACCCAGGUAACUACAUCCAACUCCACCAUUCACAUAUUUUCCAUAGUCCGCGCAUUAUGAUGGUAACCAAUUUUUUUAGAAGCAACUGGUCGUAGAAUUAUUUCCUAAUGAAUGUUAAUUACAUUAUGUAAGUUACUUUUUAAAAGUUGGAUACUAUCUUAAUUGAGUUACUUGUUACACACUUCAAUUUUGUCUAGUUCUCCAGUAACCGUGUCUUGAUAUUGAACAUCCAUCUGAGAAAUUUCUAGCUUAUCCUACUUUAUCUCCACAGCAACCAUCCUGAAACGUCUGUAGAGACGACGGUUUUGCCCGCUUCUGCUCGUAAGUGAACUAUCUGGUUAAAAAAAACGGUUGAAUUUCCAAAUAGCGGUACACGAUAGUAAAUCUAAUAUGACUGAUACUAGCAUAUAUUUGUUUUACUCGAUUGAGUUGAAAUCAAUGCUUACAUAGUCGUGUCAUUUGGUUGACUUAGCAUUCACUAAUUCUCAUACUUACAAUUUAUAUCUGAACUGAUUUAUCUUCGCAACUCUAAAUAGAUGAAACAGAAAACGUUAAGUCAUGUAAAACAGACGCAGACCUUUACAAAUUUAAGCAUAACAAAUAUUAAAUCAAUAUUUCGCAUUUUUUACAAAACCUGUUUUUGAUAGUUCAAGUUCCGAAUAUGGACAAAUACUAGUGAUAAAUAUUAAACUCACUGGCACCUUGUUAGUCAAAUUAGAAACGUACAAUCUACAUUUUCUACUAGUUAUCUCAAAGCUAUUGUUUUGGAUUUUGGGAGGUGGUUGUUAAGGAGCCCCUAUAACUGGCAUAUGAUCCUCAACCAUGAGACACCAGUACGUUUUGCUUUAGAUCUCACAAGAUAUUAACAGAUUCGAACCCACCUCGGUUGACGCUAUAUCAAAAGUCCUUGUUUCCUAAUAUUUCCAAUGAAUACUCUGAGAUUACAAGCUGGUUAGUCUAAAGUUAUCAUUCAUUCUUUGAGACUCUUGAAACACAAAGCGAAACUCUUUUGAGAUUGUAAUCACACCUCAUUGGUGACUGUUAGUGUCCCUGAAAUGAUGACUUUUUGCUAUUGUUUGAUUCCAAACCAGUGGUGCACAUGGACUCCAGUAUACUGAGGGAACAAAUGGCGUAUAAACCAGUUGUUGGUCACGGGCUACCAUGGGACUGCAUCUCCUUACGAUGCUCCACUGUCUUGUGGAUUAGACCUGUAGGUCAAAUGCUCGUGGAGUAUUCGCCUAAGAAAACUACCUGCUUCGGUUUUGGCGUUUGGGCAGUAUUCCAGCCCUACAACAAAUUGAAUGAUUUUUAUGGUGCAUAUCUGUUUGAUGCCUUCUUGUACCAGUGUUUAUGUGCUUAAAUAAAUAAAUAUAUAUGCAUUAGUAUGUUCGUAAAUAACUAGUAUAAGGCAAAUUUUUCUACGAUACUAUUUUACUUGUUUUUCAAUGUCACCAAAUAAUAAUAUACUUUGUUUUGUAGACAAAAUGGUUACUCCGAAUCCAACAGACUUAUAUCGCUUUUGUGAUCUUGUAAUGGAGUCAGUUGUAGAGAUGAGUCCACCCUCGUAUGAUCUACCUUGGCUUCCUGGGUUUGAAGAAUGUAAAACAGACUAUGAACGUGUCAAGAAGUUUAUGUUAAUGCCAUUUCUUAGACAAUUUAAAAUCUCAAGUAAAUGAUCUUUAUUUUGCAAGUGGUUAUGUAAGAAUUUCGUAUGUUUGUAACUACGAAAUACAUUUCUGUCGUUCGGGAAGAUGAUGGAUGUCGAUGAUUCAAAACACCAACGUUGCCUUUUUCACAACUCUCAACAUUCAUGAACAUUUUUGGAAUUAAAUUCAGGAAUAGUUAGACUUCAUCCUGUGUUUGUUUUCAAGCCCAUCCAAAGCUUAUUUGCAACGUACACCUUUGAUAUAUACGAUGAAACAAAAAGUGAUUUUCUACCAAGACAUGGCCGUCUCUGACCAAUCAUCAGCUGUGAAAAAUAAUUCCAUUGCUAAACAAAAACGUGAACAGGGAAAUGAAGCAUGGCGUACUAAUAAUUUAUCUUUAGCUCUUCGUUACUACACUGAAGCGAUUUUCUUUGCCAGCAGUUCUGAAGAAAAAGCUUUAGGCUAUGGUAAUCGGUCAUGUGUUUUAAGUCGUAUCGGUGUUCAUGAAGCAGUAUUACAAGAUAUUGAUCUGGCUAUUAAAGUAAGUUUAUGAAAUUCAAUUAAACUCAUGAACCCAAUUAAAAAGUAGGGUUUUUUAUGUAACUGGUUUAAAUUCCUAUUCAAAUAUAAAAAAACCCUACUGCAUAUUUGUAUAGACUCAUGUUUUCUAAUUACUGUGAAAUUGAGAUUGUACAGUUUUUGCACUCAACAUUUUUCGUAUUCAGAUUGUGACUAGUUUGUGCACUGUUAACUAAAAAUGGUGCACUAUUACCGAGUGGUACAUAAGUGAACACUUUAGUAGACUUUUAAGCUAACCGAAAAUAUGUAUUGUACUUAGUUCUGUAGAAAAAAAGCAUUCUUAUAUUCUGUAACUAUAUACCUACUUAACAGUUUACUAAGGGGAUUUACUUUACCAUAUAUAUAUAUAUACUACCUAGCUUUUCAGAUCUCAAAAUUGGGAUUUUAAUCCUGGAAGUUAUUAUAUUUGACAGUCGAAUAAUAUUGUUAAUCGUAGCCACCAUAGAAUCUCGCUCAGAUGUGUAUCUAUUCAAGUUGUUACACCUCAUUUCAACCCCAUCAGAUAAGAGAUCAAUGAAAUCAGAAGAUAUGUGUAACAGAUAUCCUAACUAUCUCAGUCAAUGAAGGCUUUUAGCUUCCUUAGUCGACUCGCCAUAUCUGUCCAACGCUACACGCUAACUGUAGUACCACUCUCUUGGCGGUUGAGGUUAGUUGUUUCUGAAUGCUGCUUAUAAUAUUUGGUCACUCAGUGGCAAUUAAUUUCAUGUCUAAGUUAUCCCUUGUGCUUUUAUUGAGUUUUAUUAAUCAAUUUGUUGCGUGUUCUCUAUUCUAAGAACCCGAUUUUGUGAUGCAUUAUUUCCAAAGUUAAGUGAUUGAAAGGAAUAGUUAGGAAGAUUUAGACCUAAGUUUUAUAAUACGAAUCUUCUUAUUUAGUUUAACACAGUUUUUCCAGUUUGCAUCACAGAUUGAUCUACCAGAUAACCGUUAGAAAUCGAGAUGUAUUGGAUAGUUGCUUCUUCUAACUAUGAGACUACUCAGCGGUAAGCAUCCACAACAACACCGGAGAUCGAACUCAGGACUUUCAUAUUUCGUGGCAAGCGCUUAACCUUUAGAACAACUGAAAUAAUGUUUACAAAUAACCUUGCAGCUUUCACUGUAAUCAACACCGGUAAUAGUAGCUAAUAAAUUCUUCCAUUAUUCUCUUUUUCCUGAUUUGUCCUUAAACGCUCCUGACCAAAGAUAACAUCAUUUUAUAUCAAAUCCGAACGGCGAGUUACUGUGUAUUGCAAAUAGUUCAUUGGAGUUAGAUUUUAAUAAUCUAAUGUACCGUUUUGUUAGCGGGACAGACUGGAUUAAAGCAUGCUCAAUGCACGAUUGCUUUGGUGCACGCUGAUUGGCUAGUUCUUAUCCAAUCAGCACUAGUCGAUAGUUGGAGAAUACUCUAGAAUCUUCUCAUGUAAAAACUAUAAAUAUACUAACGUUUUCUCUAUUGUGCUUCUUACUUGCAUCUUACUUCCAUCUAACCUUGUUAUUUGGAAUAUAAUCUCUUUCCUGUUCAACCGUGUUCUGAUUUGGCGACUUGUCGAGUGAUUUGGUGUCCAAGAAUAUUAAGCAAUAGGAAUAGCUGGGUCAUACCGUAAGAAAGAGAUUAUAACACGUUUAUAAAAUAAUUCAGUAUGGUUGUGUUACGGUUUGUAAUUCAGAUACAUAAAGUCAGUUUUCAGGAAACAUUAAACCUAUGUUAUACGGCACUUGCUAGCUAUGUUCCCAUUUGCAGAAAUAUACGUGAAGUGGGUUCCGAUAACUGGUGGAACACUAGUUUCUCCAAUGCUGCAAAUUUGCGAAACCUUAUAGACACAUUUCAGUAAAUUGACUCCAAGCAUCUUUUACUAUCUUAUUAUGUUCAACCAACGUAGAUUAACUGAUAACGCUGAAAUGUAUUUUCAUAGUUUCCAAGUUAUAAAAAAAACAUACAUUUAGUAUUUACACUUCUCUUUGCCGACUAACUUUUUUCUAGUACUGGUGUAUUUUAAAUUGCAAUCACAAAAUAAAAUGUUCGUGAUACUAAAUUUUAAAGUUAACGAAUAUGCAACUAAACGUAACUACUUAAGGAUACAGCUUUUAGCAAACAAGGCAUUGUAUGCGAAACAUUUCAACUUAAUAUUAACCUAUUCACGACUGAUUUUUAUAUAAUAUGAUAUAUAUCAGCAUAUAUGUUCAUGUAAUUGCAGUCUAGCGACUUAAGUACUAAAUUUUCGAUGACUAAAUCAUUCUAAUUUUGAUUUAGGUUAGUUAUUCUAUCUUGUUGUAAUAUAAAUAUACAUUGUGUUUCUAUACUUCUAGCUUUCACAAGAUUACAAUUCGUAAGUUGUUAAGAUUCUGUAGUUAGUUCUUCAUUUCUGUCGAGUUUAAUUUGUUUAAUUCCUUCUUUGUUCUGGCUUUAUUACAAUUUAGCUCUUCUACUUAAAUUCUCUUCGUUUUACUAUAAGAAACUAAAGUUUGUAGUGUACGAAGAUAGGUGAUGUGUGUCCUAACUAUCCUAAACAUUUAGAUUUUAAAUCUGAUGGGUUGAUAAGUUUCCACACUUUUACUUACUCUCAAUAUUGUUAGUUCAUUUUUAUUCCUACGACCAUUUUCGACCUAUGGCACAUUUGUGUAUAGCCUUAUUGAAAAGCCUGCAUCUAAUGAUGCGAUUCAAACCAAAAGUUAGUGGCUUCAUGAAUAUUAGACAAUAUGCUACUCCUUACAAUUUUCAAUAGGCUGUAGGUGGUGAAUGUUGACAAGAACUGCGCGAGCUUUUUGUAUCCAUAUUGAGAUUUCCCCUUUACCUACCCGUUCAAGUUGAUAAGACUCCUAAGAUAACUGGAAUGGUUAACUUUCUCUGUUAAUUCGCUCCCUACAACUUAGUUGGAAAAGAAUCGUAUUAGUGAUUUAUUAAGUCAUAUUGGGAGCUGGUUAACAAAUUUAUUGGAAAUACAAACAGUUUCCUACAUUACGUUAAACUUGAAUAAUUCAAAAAAAAAACUUUCAUAUAAACAUAUCAGUUCUACUGGUAGAUAGAACUAAUGGUCUGAGAUAAGAAGAAUGUUUAUACAAUGUGAUCAAAUCAAUCGAUAAACAUCACCACAGUAUUGAUUGGCUUAAUCAUUUAAAUAAUGUGACUUAUUUGUUGAAAAAUCUUGGAUUCAGUAAUAACUUUUGCUAUUCCUUCUUUUACAGUUUAUCUCUUCAUUUCUAUUCACAUAUUUUAGUGAAAUACAUAUUUUGUUUUAAUGAUUAGAUUUACAGAACUUUUAUGUGUUGUCACGGUAGAAAAAUACAGAGUGAUCUUGUUCAACUUUGUAAUUACUUGUUAUUUGUGUUGUGAAUUACAUGUAUGUUUUGAUAUGAUUACACUGUUAAUAUUUGUCACGAUUCACUGUUUUUUUUUUUUAUUUUUGCACCUAGAGUAUUAAUUAAAAUUCAGUUAAAAAUUAUUUUAUCACUCUCAUUCAACUAAAAGGUUGAUACUGUUUAAAUUAAGCUAUAAUUUUUCAUAAGUAUCAUAACUGCUGUAAUUGAUUUGUUAGUAAUAUCUCUCUUUACCCUACACUUUUUUCAUCCUAUUUUAGUCAUUCUCUUAGUUUCAUCAUUAAUCAAUGAUUGUACUUUUUAUGACUUGUCAUAUAUAUUUCAAUUGCUGUUUAUUUUCUUUUUACUGUGUUUUCUUUGUAAAAGUGUAAUUUCCCUAAAGAUCGUCUACCACGUCUAUUUAUACGUCGUGCACAAAGUCUUAUUUCGCUGAAACUCUUUAAAGAUGCAUUAACUGAAUUCAAUAACUGUGUAGAAUAUAUGAAAUCUGAAAAUUUAACUAUUCCAAAUAAUUUAAAUGAAAUGAUGCAAAAGGGAAUAAAAGACUGUUCAACUAUAAAGAAAGAUGAAAUAUUGAUUGAUAAUUCAGUUAUACCGUACUUUGUACAUGAGGCGAAAUCGUUAAUAGUGAAGCAUGAAAACACUCAAACGAUCAUUACAAAGAAUUUUAAUAAUCCUAAUAAUGGCAGUAAUAUCACAGAUCAUAAUUUGCAUCCAAGCAUUUUUCGCUCUCUCCAUUUACAAGACCCACCAGCUGUGAAAUUAAAUUAUAAUGAUGAAUUUGGUUGGCAUAUCGCAGCGACAAAAAAUAUUCAGCCAGGUGAACUUCUCAUACUAGAUAAACCGUAUUCUUGUAGACUUCAUUACAAUAGAUUAUUACUCAAUUGUUAUCGUUGCUCUAAACGAUGUAUCAAUCCUAUACCCUGCCGUAAUUGUACUCAGGUUGGUUUUUGUAGUGAAUUGUGUGAACAAGAAGCUUGGAAUCCAGUAUGGAUUGAUAUUAACACAUCAUUGCCUUUAGAGUCGACAGCUGAUUUAUCUUUACCGUGCCAUCGUUUCGAAUGUGGACUUGUUGAUCGACUGAUUAUAGAAGAUUAUGCUGGUUGGAAACGAUUACGCAGUAAAUCGUCAAAUGACUUGACAGUAUCCAUAAAGAGAUUGAAGUCAUUCAUUGAUAAAUUAUCUGAUGACGAUGUAAUUGGUGGACCGAAUAUUUCAUGGCUUGCAUUUUCUCUUUUAACUAAAACUGCUCCAAAUAUUUUGAAUAAAUUAAUCAAGAUUUCCUUAAAUAAAUUAAUUUAUCAAAUUGAUGAAAACCCAGUAAACAAAGAAGAAUUAUCAUCAUUUACUGGUAAUCGUGUUAUUCCACAACAAAAUUGGGAUGAUUAUACAACUGUUGAUUGGCUGAUAACAAAUUCAAUUAAACGUAAAACUAGUGAUUUAUGGCAACGGACUGUUGUAGCUGUUUAUUUAACUUUUUGUCUUGAAGCCGGUGGUUAUCCAAUUACCAGAGACGUUGAUGAUAAUAGUCAAUUGGAUUGUACACUACUGUCAUUUGAUUGGGCAUCUACAUGUAUAUUACAUCAUCUUCAAUGUAUCUCAUCUAAUGGUCAUUCGUUAUCAUUACCUGAAUAUAUUUUUACAGAAAAUACUACAACUGUUCAUAAUAAUAAUACUAGUGAUAAACAACACAAAAUUCCCGGUAUAGAUUUAAACAAAUUGACAUCAACUGAAAUAUCUACUUGUUUAUAUCCAGUUUUGUCAUUAAUCAAUCAUUCAUGUGAUCCAAAUAUUACCAAUGUAACAAUUGAUAAAUUUCAAUGUGCGAUUUAUUCAAUCCGACCUAUUAAACAAAAUGAAAUUAUUUAUGGAAAUUAUGGUUUACAUUAUGCAGUACAUUCUCUUAAUGAACGUCAAAGCUCAUUACAAUCGCAAUAUCAUUUUCAUUGUGUAUGUCAAGCAUGUAUAGAGAAUUGGUCACCUCUCAUUACAACUACUAAUAGUAUAACUAAUAGUAAUAAGGAUUUCCAAUUAAAAUGUCUUACGUGUUCUGGUCUAAUUAAUUUUAAUACAGUAACAACAUUAUUGGAUAGUGAUAAUAAGUCAUCAUUAAAAAAUAUCCACUAUUGUCAGUGUAGUCAACCAAUCCAAUUGAAGUCAUUGAGUAAAUUUCAAAAACUUGUUUACAAUGAUUUAUACACUAAAUUUAAUACUAUACCAUUAACAUUUCAAAAAACUUCACCGAAGAAAAUGACAAAUAAAUUUUUAAAUAAAUUUAUUGUUUAUACUAAACAAAUGUUAGAUACAGAACAUUUAUAUAGUAUACUUCAACGACCUUGUACUACUUUAGAUUGGUUACAAGAAAUGCUUAAACAAUUGCUUGAUCUUCAACACUCUGGUUGGUCAUAUGAAAGUAAAAUAAUUCGAUCAGCAUUUUAAAGGAUGUUCUAAUGUAUAUUUUUAUUGCGUAAUUCUGUACUUUUCCCUAUCGAAUGAACCGAAUUCUAAUAUUGUUCUCUUAUUUGAUGGAUUACAGUGACAUGGGCGCAUCAUCCGCAUUUUUAUCUUCUAAAUAAAAUGAUUCCAUUUAACUAUAAAUUUCACAAAUGAACAUCGACUGAAACCCUUCAACAAUAAACAAUAUGACAUCCAACAAUCCCACCUUGCUCUCCAUUGACUCUCGUUAGUUUGAGUCUGUAAUGGAAAUUUUCUUUAAAACGAAUAAAGUUUAAAUCAUCCAUCUAGAAACUGGAUACUAAUCGGUACUUAUUCAUUCCCGUCUUCCUUAUUCUAAUGUUUUCGUUUUACUAUUCCUAGUCAGAACUACGUUAUGUUUCAUGUUGUGUUGUUCUAUUUAUUUGUGGAUAAUUUUGUGACCAUGACUCACCUUAUUGGAGUUGGUCAGUAGGAAAACAUUUAUUUAUGAACGAACUUCCGAUGCUUUUUUCUAUUUUUAUUUUCUGUAAUUUGCUACACUGAACGUUUUUUCAAAAUUUACCUUAUGACAAACUGUUUUGUUACAUGAUAUAGUUAUUUUAAUCACUAUCCCGUUAUCUCUUAGUUUGGUCAAGAUCAGAUCAUUGGUUAAUUUCAUUCGUGACUUCUUUCUUCCAUUUAUUCAUAGAAUUUUUCUGAAGGAAGUUACUAACGUAAUAUUAAUAUACUUUUUUUCUAUAUCAUCCAAAUAAGUCUUCCAAAGAACAUUUGAAAAUAAAUGGAUGCUUUCAUGAUACCUAAAAACAUUUAGCACAUUUUUUUAUCUUACAUAACUUUAUUAUUUGCUACACCAUUGUGAUCUGUCUUUUUCUUUACUAAUUUUCAUCUUAUUUCAAGUUUUUUACAAGUUGUUGUACGGCCUUGAAGUGUAGUUUAAUAUUUUAGAUACUUGGCAACUAAUUAUAAUAAGUUUAAUUAAUAGAAUCUUGUAAGGAAACGGUUUGAUUUGAGCAGGACCUUUCUAUCUUAACUGGCAUCAAUUGAAGGGGAUAAUUGAAAGCUACCUAUCUAACCCUUCAUUAGUAUUAGUAGUAGUAAUGGUUUCAUUCAAUAUCAUAUAUUAAGUUCAAUAUGGAAUUCUCAGCACAAAAUAUUUCAACAAGUUUCUUUUUACAAAACGAGAAAAACAGUCGAUGACUGCAUACAUAUAUACGUUAAAUAAAUAAAUAAUUCGAAAUUAUAUGAUAAGUUUUUUUACAUAAAAUAAAGUAAUUUGUACAAAUGUUAAUUAGGA